ACAGUUUCAUCAUGUGCAGCUUUGCUUAACUUUUUCAGAAACAACCCCUUUUCAGAAACCAAUCUGAGUAAGAGCUGUUGGGAGUAGCCAUCCGCUUAAGAAAUAAAUGAAGAAGCAGCAAAAAAGUUUUAGUUGUUGCACUACACAAAAAGAGAACUGUGGUUUGACUGUUUCCUGAGUACUUAUUCUAAUUUUCCUGACAUUUGUUUCUUGAGUUACUCAGGGACUUCUGAAUUCAGGAAAACAGAGAACUCAGUUUAUCUUCCUGUGUCCCAGAAUCAAGUUUCAAGUAAUUUGAGCCUGGAUUAUUAUCCCACAUCCUAAUUCAUUUGUUAAAAGUUGUUUACUUCAUUCUGAAGGUGAAAUGAACAAAACACAGAUAAGCAUAUAUCAGCAAACUCAAGCACUUCUGCGUAAGAAUUUUCUUAAGAAAUGGAGGAUGAAAAGGGAGAGCUCAUUGGAAUGGGGCAUCCCAAUACUUCUAGGACUGUAUGCAGGUGUAUUUUCAUAUUUUGGAGAAACUAUCCAGUUUCCUGGAAUGCCUCCUCAAGAUCUUGGGAGGGUAGAUAAAUUUAAUAGUUCUUCUAUAAUGGUCAUAUACACACCAGUCUCUAACAUAACCCAGCAAAUAAUGAAUAAAACAACAUUUGCUCCUUUUAUGAAAGAAGAAAGAAUCAUCGGGGUGCCAAAUAAAAAAUAUAUGGAUAAAUUGCUGUUACAGAAUUUACCACAUGCUGUGGGAAUCAUCUUUAAUGAUACUUUUUCUUACAAGUUGACCGUUUUUCAAGGGCCAUUGGUGAAGGAAGAUGAUUUAUCAGCUCAUUGCUGGAAGGGAAAUGAUGAUUUUUCAUGCAUAUUGUCCAGCUACUGGAAUGGAGGAUUUGUACCUUUGCAAAGUAUCAUCAAUGCUGCUAUUAUAGAAACCACAACAAAUCACCCUGUGAUGGAAGAGUUGAUGUCAGUUACUGCUGUAAAUAUGAAGACAUUACCGUUUAUUUCUAGAGGCAUUCUGCAAAAUGAGAUCUUUAUUUUACUCUGCUUGAUUUACUUCUCCUCAUUUAUAUAUUUUGUAUCACUGGAGGUUACAAAAGAGAGAAAAAAGUGUAAGAAUUUGAUGAAAAUGAUGGGUCUACAAGAUUCAGCAUUCUGGUUCUCCUGGGGUUUAAUUUAUGCUGGCUUCAUCUUCAUUAUUUCCGUAUUCAUUACAAUUAUCAUAACAUCCUCCCAAAUUAUAGUCAUGACUGGCUUCAUGGUCAUAUUUACACUUUUUUUCUUAUAUGGCUUGUCUUUGCUGACCUUAGCUUUCCUCAUGAGUGUGCUGUUACAGAAAGCUGUCCUCACCAAUCUGGUUGUAUUUCUGCUCACGCUGUUUUGGGGGUGUAUGGGAUUCACUGCAUUUUAUAGACAACUUCCUUCAUCCCUGGAGUGGAUUUUGAAUAUUUGUAGCCCUUUUGCCUUUACUGCUGGAAUGACACAGAUUAUCUACCUGGAUUAUAACUUGAGUGGUGUAACUUUUCCUGACCCUUCAGGAGAUUCAUAUAUAAUGAUAGCAACAUUUGCCAUGUUGGCUUUUGAUUGUCUUAUCUACUUGCUACUGGCUUUAUACUUUGACAAAAUUUUACCCUAUGGGAAUGAACGCCAUUAUUCUCCAUUAUUUUUCCUGAACUCAUCAUCUCGUUUCCAACGUCGAAAAACUGUUAACAAGAUCUAUGAGAAAGAUAGAGAUCCUGAGCAUCACUUUGAUGAUUAUUUUGAAUCUAUAGCCCCUGAAUUCCAAGGAAAAGAAGCAAUCAGAAUCAGGAAUGUUAAAAAGGAGUAUAAAGGAAAGUCUGAAAAAGUAGAAGCAUUAAAAGGCUUGUACUUUGACAUAUAUGAAGGCCAAAUCACAGCAAUUUUGGGACAUAGUGGAGCUGGAAAAUCUUCUUUACUAAACAUUCUUAAUGGAUUGUCUGUUCCAACAGAAGGAUCGGUUACUGUCUAUAAUAAAAAUAUCUCUGAAAUGCGAGACUUGGAGGAAAUCAGAAAGAUGAUUGGUGUCUGUCCUCAAUAUAAUGUGCAAUUUGAUAUACUCACAGUGAAGGAAAACCUCAGUGUCUUUGCUAAAAUAAAAGGGAUUCAUCCACCGGAAGUGGAACAAAAGGUACAAGAAAUUUUAUUGGAAUUGGACAUGCAAAAUAUUCAGAAUAAUCUUGCUAAAGACUUAAGCGAAGGACAGAAAAGAAAGUUGACCUUUGGAAUUGCCAUUUUAGGAAAUCCUCGGGUUUUGCUCUUAGAUGAGCCAACUGCUGGGUUGGACCCCUUUUCAAGACAUCGAGUGUGGAGUUUCUUGAAAGAACAUAGAGCAAAUCAUGUGAUCCUCCUGAGUACUCAGUUUGUGGAUGAGGCUGACAUCCUAGCUGAUAGAAAAGUGAUCAUGUCCAAUGGAAGACUGAGGUGUGCGGGCUCUUCUGUAUUUUUGAAGAGAAAAUGGGGUCUUGGAUAUCAUUUAAGUUUCUAUAAGAAUGAAAGAUGUGAUCCAGAGCAAAUAACAUCCUUCAUUAAACACCACAUCCCUGAUGCUAAAUUAAAAACGGAGAACAAAGAAAAGCUUGUGUAUUCUCUGCCUUUGGAAAGGACAAGUAAAUUUCCAGACCUCUUCACGGAUCUUGAUAAGUGUUCUGGCCAGGAUAUGGUGAGCUAUGAUAUCUCCAUGUCAACUCUGAGUGAAGUCUUCAUGAAUGUGGAAGGAAUGUCAGCUAUCAGCCAAGAUUUUGAACAUGCAGAAAUUCUGAGUGACUCAGAAAACUUCAAUGAAAGAGAACCAGCUUGCUCUUCUCUCCCUGAGGUACAGAAGCCUGUGGGUAGCAUGGAACUUUGGAGGAUGCAGGUCUGUGCAAUAGCACGGCUUCGUUUCUUAAAGUUAAUACGUGGAAGAAAAACACUUUUGACCCUGCUAUUGAUAUUUGGAAUGGCACUGUUCCCUUUGCUUUUGGAAGAAAUAGCUUAUUCCAUGAUAGGGAACACUGAGGACUGGGAAAUUAAAACAGAACUGUAUUUCCUCUCUCCUGGACAACUUUCUCAAGAACCUCGUACCAGCCUGCUGAUCAUCAAUCACACAGAAUCAGAUAUUGAAGACUUUAUACAGUCACUGAAGCAUCAAAAUAUACUUCUGGAAGUAGAUGACUUCAAAAACAGAAAUGGCACCGAAAGCCUCUCAUACAAUGGAGCUAUCAUAGUUUCUGGUAAACAAAAGGAUUAUAGAUUUUCAGUUGUGUGCAACACCAAGAAGCUGCACUGUUAUCCCAUCCUUAUGAAUAUUGUCAGCAAUGGGCUACUUCGAAUGUUUAAUCAAACACAAUGCAUUCGAACUCUAAGAAGUCCAUUUGUUUUGGACUUUGGGAUCUGGACGGGGCUGCCAGAAGGUGUUUUUUUCAUAUUUGUGGUUGCAUGCUGCAUUUCUCCUUACGUCGCCAUGAGCAGUGUCAGUGAUUACAAAAAGAAGGCUAAGUCUCAGCUGUGGAUUUCAGGCCUCUACCCUUCUGCUUACUGGUUUGGACACGCAGUGGUGGACAUUAGCCUCUUUAAUUUAAUUCUCCUCUUGAUGUACUUAAUUGUUUGCCUUACAAACAUGAGAGGCAUUUAUAUUACAAGCCGAAUUAUAUUUGCUCUGGUUGCUACUUCAUUUGGUUAUGCAGUUUCCCUUACUUUCUUGACAUAUGUGAUAUCAUUUAUUUUUCGCAAGAGGAGAAAAAGUAGUGGCCUCUGGUCAUUCUGCUUCUAUAUUGUCUUGAACAUGGUGUUCCUCUUGCUAUUUGAUUACUUCCUGCUAGCUGUAAUAAUUUCUAGCAUGGUAUUCAUUCCUUUAUCUACCUUGGGUGCAUUUAUAGUCUUUUUGUCAAAGAGAGCCCAGGAGCACUACAUAGAAACUACAGAAAUAAAUUUUGACCUGAGUGGAGCUGAUCUUCUAGUAUGCUUAAUACCUUACUUUCAAGCUUUGCUAUUCAUUUUUGUUCUAAGAUGCAUGGAACUAAAAUUUGGAAAGAAAGUGACACGAAAGGAUCCUUUUUUCAGAAUUUCUCCCCGAAGUCCAGAUACUAGACCAAAUCCAGAAGAACCCGGAGGUGAAGAUGAAGACGUUCAAGCAGAGAGAAUAAGAACGUCGACUGCUUUGACCACUUCAAACUUCCAUGAGAAACCAACCAUAAUUGCCAACUGUCUACACAAAGAAUAUGCAGGCCAGAAGAAAAAUUGCUUUUCAAAAAGGAAGAAGAAAUUAGCAACAAGAAAUAUCUCUUUCUCUAUUAAGAAAGGUGAAAUUUUUGGAUUGUUAGGACCCAACGGUGCUGGUAAAAGUUCCUCUAUUAGGAUGAUAGCCGGGAUCACAAAGCCAACGGCUGGAGAGGUGGAACUCCAAGGAUGCGGUUCAGUUUUGGGUGAAGAGGGAGAGCUCAAGUUCCUGGGAUACUGUCCUCAGGAGAACGUGCUGUGGCCCAGGCUGACGGUGAAAGAACACCUGGAAACGUAUGCCACUGUGAAAGGGCUGAGGAAGGGAGACGCUGCCAUUAUUAUUUCACGAUUAAUGAAUGCUUUCAAAUUGCAUGAACAUCUGAAUGUUCCAGUGGGGAGGUUAGCGGCGGGAACCACCAGGAAGCUGUGUUUUGUGCUGAGCAUCCUGGGAGAUUCGCCUGUCCUGCUUCUGGAUGAACCGUCUACAGGCAUAGAUCCAGCAGGGCAGCAUCAGAUGUGGCAAGCAAUUCGGAUGUGUGUUAAAAAUACAGAUAGGGCGGUCCUCCUGACCACCCACUACCUGGCCGAGGCUGAAGCUCUAUGUGACCGCGUGGCCAUCAUGGUGUCUGGAAGGCUGAGAUGCAUUGGCUCCGUUCAACACCUGAAAAGAAAAUUUGGCAAGGAUUACAUUCUAGAACUACAAGUAAAGGAAGCGUCUCAAGUGCCUUUGGUUCACACUGAGAUUCUGAAGAUUUUCCCACAGGCUGCACAGCAGGAAAGGUAUUCCUCCUUGUUGACUUAUAAGCUGCCAGUAGGAGAUGUUUACCCUUUAUCUCAGGCAUUUCACAAACUGGAAGAAGUGAAAUGUAGCUUCAGUCUGGAAGACUACAGCCUCUCUCAGUGCACACUAGAAAAGGUAUUCUUAGAGCUUUCUAAGGAGCAGGAGCUGGGAAACGUAGAUGAAGAAGUGGAUACAACCAUGAGAUGGAAACUUCUUCCUUAUUCAGAUGAGCCUUAAAACCUCAGAGCUUAACUGUUCUUUGCUGGUGUCCUAGAAUCAAACAUUUUAUGUGGUAAUUAACAAUAGGCACAUUUUAAAAGAUCAUUUGAUAUCAAGGUGUACUUGAUACGUUCAGUCAAUAAGUGAAUAAGGUUACAGCUUUGUACAUUUGCACUUUAUUUUGUGUUAAUUAUUUAUAUCCUUUUCUCAUUUAUUUGUGUGCUUUAAUCUUUUCCUUAUCCAUUUCAUGAACUCUGUGUGUAAUUAAAUAUUUUACCAGUGUAUUUUAUAUAUACAGGUUAAACAUCCCAAUCUGAAAAUCUUUAAUUCAAACUGUUCCUAAUUUCAAAAGUUUUAAGACACCAACAAGACAUCUAGUGGAAAAUUCCCCAUCUGUUCUCAUGUGACAGGUCACAGUCAAAGCAGGCAUAUGACAAAUAUUGGAUAUUAUUGUUUACAUGUAAUGUGUACAAGGUGUGUAUAAAGCACAAGUGCAUUUCCUGUUUAAACUUGAGUCCCAACUCUGAGAUGUCUCAUUAUUUAUGUAAGUUUUCCAAAAUCCAAAGUUGUCUGAAACCUGAAACGCUUCUGGUGUUCAGAAUUUAAUGAAUAAUUGAAUUGUAUUAUCAUUGUAUCUAUAAAAUUAUAUUUCCAAAUACAUAAUAAAUGAUGUAUUGUUUACUGUUUAUUCAGGAACUGUGAGUGGCUUAUGAGAGUAAAUUAAUAUAAUAAUGAGAGUUGAAUUUAUUUUGAUUAAUUCUGGAAUUCAAGCAACAAAUUAUGUCUUGUUUAAGUGCAUAACAUUGCAGCACAUAUAACAAUUCACAAACGGUUACACGUACCACUAUGUAACAGUAUGAUAAAUCUUUGUGUUCUUCACACAUUUCUUGUUAAAAACCAGUGUGUAUGACUAUUUGAAAAUAUUAAACUGGAUAUGGUUUGCUAAAACUA